AUGUCACCAUCAACACAAUCCCCAUCAUUCGUUGGGCUCAGAGGCCAAAACCUCAUUUAUGCCGUAACAUUCACAUGUUCGAUCGGAUUCCUUCUUUUCGGCUACGACCUAGGAUUCAUGGGUGGACUCACGACCUCGCCCGAAUUUCUGGCAGUUUUCGGAGAUCCCGAAGCAUCUCUAUUAGCAUUCCUCGUGUCCUCCUACGAAGUCGGUGCAUUACUCGGUGCUCUGUUCCAGUUCUUCAUGGGCGAUCGGUUCGGACGCAAGCCGAACAAUAUGGCUGGUGCGGUGAUUGUGUCGAUUGGCGCGAUUCUCCAAGCGACUACAUUCAGCCUUCCCCAGUUUCUUGUCGGUCGGAUCGUUGCCGGGUUUGGGCUUGGUAUCAUGACGACUGUUAUUCCCAUCUGGCUGUCUGAAUGCAGUAUGCCUGAAUCACGGGGUCGCAUGAUGGCUAUGCAAUUGUCAAACCUAAUUGUCGGUCUGAUUCUGGCAAACUGGCUUGACUACGGGAUGGAAUCUUAUUCAGGAUCUGUGCAGUGGCGGUUUGCGUGUGCGUUUCAGAUUGUGUUCUGUUGUAUCACGCUCGUUUGCAUGCCGUUCCUACCGGAAUCACCGCGUUAUCUGUGUGCGAAGGGCGACAUGACGAAUGGGAGGAUUGCUCUCGCGGCGCUUCGCGCUGGAUUCCCAGAUGACCCUGCGGUUGUGGAGGAGUUGAAGGAAAUUCAAUUUGCGCUUUCGGUUGAAGCAGAGGAACAGGGAUCUUGGAGUGAUAUUUUCAAGGAUAAUGGGAUCAGCGGGUUUUCACGAAUGGCGAUCGGAUUUGCGGCGAACUUUUUCCAGCAGAUGUCGGGGUGCAAUGUCAUGUCUUCGCUUGGUCCAUAUGUCUUUGAGGACUCGAUCGGCAUGUCACGACACAAUGCGAUGCUCGUUUCUGGUGGUCUGCAAGUGUGGUACUUUCUCAGCAGCUUGUUUCCAUGGUGGGCUAUCGAGCGUUUCGGGCGCCGUCCUCUCUUCAUGAUCGGAUCUGCUGGUAUGGGUGUUUGCAUGACCCUCUCUGCUAUUUUCAUCGGCAUUGGCGGGGAGAGACUUGGAUACGGCGCCGCGGUGGUGUUAUACCUCUUCCAAAGCUUUUUCACCUUGGGAUGGCAAUCGAACAUGUGGAUCUAUCCCAGUGAGAUUCUUCCGCUGAAGCUAAGAUUGCGAGGUGGGGCCCUGGCCGUCGUCUCCCAGUGGCUAUUCACAUUCCUGGUUGUUGAAAUUACUCCUGUCAUGAUCACCAAUAUCGGGUACAAGUGCUAUGUUGUCUUCGCGAUUAUUAAUUUUGCAACUGUACCACUUGUCUAUUUCACUUUUCCGGAGACUAGCAAGAUGCCUCUCGAAGCAAUCGAUCUUUUCUUCGCCGACCGGGAUGGAAAGCGACCGUCACUUUGGCGCGUCGUUAGAGACUCCAUGGACAAGACUUUCGUGGCAGGUGUUGAGAGGCAAUUACAGGAGAGAGCAGCGUUGCGAGCGGAGAAACAGGAUGGGGCAUUGAGCUCUGAACACAAGGCCGAGCGUCUUGAGGUAGAGGCUGCGUGA